AUGGUUAGCAUGGUGAGGUUUAAGAAACCAUUUCUUGCAAUUACUUUUGUUUUCUUUUUUAUUCUUUCUGAUGUAUCUCUAGCGAGGAUAGAAAACACAAAGGAUAAUCAAAAGAGUACUUACAUAGUCCAUGCAGCCAAAUCGCAAAUGCCAACAAUCUUAAAUCACCAUUCAAUUUGGUAUAGAUCCAUCUUGAAAUCGAUAUCCAACUCAACAACAGAAAUGCUCUACACCUAUGACAAUGCGAUUCAUGGAUUUUCAACAAGAUUAACUCCGGAAGAAGCUCGAUCAUUGAAGAGUCAAAUCGGGGUUCUAAAGGUGCUACCGGAAAAAAUAUACAAGCCACUUACAACUCGAACACCGCAGUUUCUUGGCCUUGAGAAAAUCUCAAACAUGUUCCCUGUGUCAAAUGUGACAAGUGACAUCAUUAUUGGUCUCCUCGACACUGGUGUUUGGCCGGAAAGCAAGAGCUUCGACGAUACCGGACUAGGACCCAUCCCUACGAGUUGGAAAGGCACAUGUGAAUCAGGUGACAAUUUCACUGCCGCUAAUUGCAAUAAGAAAUUAAUCGGAGCUAGGUUUUUCUUAAAAGGCUACGAGGCCUCAGUGGGUCCCCUUAAUGCAACCAAACAGUUUAGGUCACCACGAGACGCUGAUGGCCAUGGCACCCACACCGCAAGCACAGCUGCAGGUUCUGCAGUGAAAGGAGCGAACUUAUUUGGCUACGCUUCUGGGACAUCACGUGGGAUGGCCCCGCACGCCAGAGUUGCUAUCUAUAAGGUUUGUUGGGAAGAUAACUGCGUUGCUUCUGAUCUAUUGGCUGCAAUGGACGCAGCCAUCGCUGACAAUGUCAAUGUCAUUUCAGCGUCACUCGGAGGUGAAGCAAUUGAUUAUGAUGAAGAAAACCUUGCCAUUGGAGCCUUUGCAGCGAUGGAGAAAGGGAUUGUAGUUUCAUGUGCUGCAGGAAACAGCGGUCCUACUAAAUCUUCUCUCCAAAAUGUAGCACCUUGGGUGAUCACCGUGGGAGCUGGAUCAAUAGAUCGUGAUUUUCCAGUAUAUGUCAAACUCGGGAAUGGAGAAAACUAUCAAGGCGUUUCAAUUAACGAUGGUAGUUUUACGCCUCGUACUUUUGUGCCACUCAUAUAUGCUGGAAAUGCAAGCGUAAAAGAAGGUGCAGAGUUCUGCGUGAAAGAUAGCUUGGAUCCAGAAAAGGUUAAGGGGAAAAUUGUGUUUUGUGAUCGUGGAAAUAAUUCAAGGGUAGAGAAAGGGAUUGUGGUGAAAUCUGCUGGAGGUGUGGGAAUGGUGUUAGGCAAUUCAGAAACUAAUGGAGAGGAAUUGGUGGCGGAUGCCCAUCUUUUGCCAGCAGCUGCAGUGGGCUUCAAUUCCUCCAAAGCCAUCAAGAUGUACUUGCAACAUGCCCAAAAUCCAACAGCUACACUUGUUUUCCAGGGAACAAAGGUUGGAAUUGAGCCAUCGCCCAUUGUUUCGGCAUUUAGUUCUCGUGGUCCAAACCCAAUCACACCAGACAUAUUGAAACCUGAUUUCAUUGCUCCUGGUUUAAACAUCUUAGCCGCAUUUACCAAGAAUGCGGGUCCCACAAACCUCGAAAUAGAUGAUAGGCGUGUGGAUUUUAACUUAAUCACAGGAACAUCCAUGUCAUGCCCUCACGCCAGCGGUAUAGCAGCUUUGAUUAAAUCAACCUAUCCAAAUUGGAGCCCAGCUGCAAUUCGGUCUGCACUUAUGACCACAGCUUAUACGUCCUACAACAAUGGUAAAAAACUAUUAGACAGUGCCACGAAUGCCCCUGCAACACCGUUUGGGGUUGGUGCUGGACAUGUGAACCCCAUUGCCGCGCUUAACCCAGGACUUGUUUACGAUCUGACAGCGGAUGAUUAUCUCAACUUCCUUUGUGCAUUGAACUACACAGCUGAUAGGAUUGAAGCUGUGGCAAGGAGAAAGUUCACCUGUGAUGCACAUAAGCACUACAGUGUAACGGAUCUAAAUUACCCUUCGUUUGGCGUGGUGUUCAAACCGAUAGCAAGAAGUUCCAAUGCAACGAUCGUCAAACACGAGCGAACUCUAACUAAUGUGGGGGUCGCAGGAACAUACAAAGUCUCAGUUACAUUGGAUAUCCCAUCCGUCAAUGUUACAGUUGAGCCAAACGUGUUGAGUUUCAACAAAAAUGAGAAAAAAUCAUACACGGUAACAUUUGCAGCUUCAUAUCCACCACCACCAACUCAGCUUGGUUUUGGACGUUUAGAAUGGUCAAAUGGAAAAAACAUUGUGGGAAGUCCUAUCUCAAUUACAUGGGAAUUGGGACCUAAAUGA